AUGCAGACACGGAUACUGAUGUUUCACGUACCAGCUUGUCCUAAUAGUGGUGAUGAAUCCGUGGCACUCUUUCACUGUUCGUAUUUAAUCUUUCUUCUUCUUGUCGCUCUGUCAGUAGAACAGCCGAAUCUAUCUGCCUGUCUGUCUGUAUGUCUGUCUAUCCAUCUAUCUAUUUCAUUUUGUUCAUAUCUAUCUCAGUCUGUUCAUAUCUAUCUAUCUAUCUAUCUAUCUAUCUAUCUAUCUAUCUAUCUAUCUCUCUCUAUAUAUAUAUACAUAUAUAUAUAUUUCAGAUUGUUCAUAUCUAUCUAUCUAUCUAUCUAUCUAUCUAUCUAUCUAUCUAUUUCAGUUUGUUCCUAUCUAUCUAUCUAUCUAUCUAUCUAUCUAUCUAUCUAUCGACAUGGUUUCUUCAUAUCUAUCUAUCUAUCUAUCUAUCUAUCUAUCUAUCUAUCUAUUUCAGUUUGUUCAUACCUAUCUCACUCUGUUCAUAUCUAUCUAUCUAUCUAUCUAUCUAUCUAUCUACAUGGGUCUGUUCAUUAUCUAUCUAUCUAUCUAUCUAUCUAUCUAUCUAUCUAUCUAUCUAAUAAAUAUAAUACACCUUUUUGUCACCCGCUCUCAUGA